AUGCAUCCCCAUUACACCUCUCUUGCUUUUCCACCUCAAGUUAACAAUAAAGCAUUGCAGUUGAGCGAUGCAGAACGUAGAAUUUUGAACUAUGGUCCUAAAUUUGUCCCACAAAAUCCAAAACAAACUUUACAAAGAUUAAAAAAUGAAAUCGACAUAAUGAAAGAAAAAGUAGCAGUCGCAUGGCGACGAGAAACAAAAACAGUAGGUCCUAAUCCAGAAAUAGUAAAUCGCUUUACCGAACGUAUUGAAGAAGAAAUUCGAACAACAGUAUCAAAAGAAAAGAUAGUAGAUCCGAAAAUGCUCAAGAUCUUAGGAAAUUUGAAGAAAGCUCAAAAAGAACAUAAAGUUGUCUUUCGACAAACAGAUAAAUCCAAGGUGUUCCAUCUAGGAAAACCUGAAACAUAUAUAGAAAAAUCAGCACAAUACAUGUCAAAAAUGAAUGCCUAUAAGGAGAUUGAUCAAUCACCUCUUGAGCACAUGAUUGAAAGUACCGAAGAACUUUUAAUUGAUCUAGUACGAAGAAAGCUAUUACCAGCAAAAUAUCUCGAAAAAUUAAGACCAUCUCGAACAGAAUCCGAACUCCCACACCUCUACUACAAUCCUAAAGAUCAUAAAGUCGGUGAACCAUCAGAUAUUGAGACCCAUUUUUGA